GUUGACAUAAGAAAUCUUGACCCCACGGUCGUUACGCUCGAUAUCGGGUUUAAUGACGGACUGAAGGCUUCUUUACCGCAAUUUCAGUUAUACUCUGUUUCAUCAUCAGUGGAAUAAUUGUUCAAUAGUAAAACAAUGCCUUCAUAUCACGCCUCGACUUAUGGCAUCCAUGCCGAUGACCGCAUCAAUGCGCUUACCGAUGUUGCCCCGCCAAUUCACACGUCCACCACGUUUCGCUAUCCACGCAACCCAGACAAACUGCAGCCUGUUCCCGAUGAGGGCGAGUUCGUGGACCUGCAAACACCGCUCGUGUACUCGCGUCUCGCAUCGGCCAGCACCAAUCGUCUAGAGACCAUACUAGCACCUUUGAUGUACCCCGAUGCUAAUGAGAGCGAAUUGGAUGGAAGCAACGGCCUUGCUAACCACGUCGUCAGCUAUACGAGUGGAUUGAGUGCAUUUCAUGCGUUGCUGGUGAAUAUUGUUCCCAAGGUUGUGGCCAUCAGUGGGGGGUACCAUGGCUGCCACGGAGUGAUUGAUCUGCACAAAAAGAUGCACGGCGUCAAGACAGUCGACCUCCACGCCGACGAUUCAGCCUGGGAUGCUAUUGGUUUAGGCAAGGGCGAUCUCGUUCAUCUAGAGACCCCCUUGAACCCCACCGGCGAGGCCUUUGAAAUCGCAAAGUAUGCAAAGCGAGCGCACGCAAGAGGUGCCUUGCUAAGUGUCGACGCGACUUUUGCGCCUCCGGGCCUUCAAGAUCCAUUCAAAUGGGGUGCCGAUAUUGUCAUGCACAGUGGAACGAAAUAUAUCGGCGGUCACAGCGAUAUGCUUUGCGGUAUUCUUGCUACAUCUGCCGGGCCUGAAGGCCUCAAGCGGGCAAAGACAUUACGUGCAGAGCGCAUCUUCCUUGGAGCCGUACUGGGCAAUCUGGAAAGCUGGCUCGGCGUGCGCAGUCUGCGUACCUUGGACCUGCGUGUGCAGCGCCAGUCUUCCAAUGCCGACAGCCUCGUUGGCUGGCUGAAUGAUUCGCUAAAUGGCAAGGGAGAAGAUGUGGAAGCUGUUAAGAAGGUUGUUAGUAAAGUCAAGCACGCAUCACUCCAGACUUCCGACAUGUCUUGGCUCGAGCAGCAGAUGCCCAAUGGCUUUGGUCCCGUAUUCAGCAUCUGUAUGAAGGAAGCGAAACAGGCUCGUACGCUCCCAUCGCACCUCCGGCUCUUCCAUCACGCUACUAGUCUGGGUGGUGUGGAGAGCUUGAUCGAGUGGAGGAGGAUGAGCGAUACUGAGGUGGAUGAGAGAUUAUUGCGUGUUAGUGUGGGCGUGGAAAACUGGGAAGAUUUGAAAAACGACUUGCUGAGUGCUUUCAAAGCACUGGCGAGUGGUGAAGCUACACAGGAAACACAUGGCAGUGAGAAGGUGCAGGUCGGACAAGACGGAGCGCAGAUGCCGGAGACAGGAGCGGGGGCUGUGUGAGAAGUCACUCCGAUUUUCUCUGCUGACGUUUGGGAGAGCGGUUGGUUCGCGAAUAUAUAUGUUUAUGUAUAAGUAGGUGUGAGACUCCACUCAGUAUUAAAGAUUGAGCGGCUUAUUGAAAUUAUUAAAUUCCGUGUUCAAGUAGAUGCAGGUUUACUAUAAGUAGGCCGGUGAAAUUUUACUAGGGGACGAAGCCGCGCAGUAAAUCGCGAAUGCAGCUGUACUUCCAACGAGGCCUAAAGGG